UGAGCCGCCCCCGCCCCCGCCCCGCCCCGGCCCCGGGGGAUGCGCCGCCCCGAGCCGCUGCCUCCGCCGCCGCAGCCGCAGCCGCAGCGGGCACAGAGCAGGUAGAUGGCCCCCCCAGGGCAGGCCCUGCGGACACCCCUCCCUCCGGCUGGCGGAUGCAGUGCCUAGCGGCCGCUCUUAAGGACGAAACCAACAUGAGUGGGGGAGGGGAGCAGGCCGACAUACUGCCGGCCAACUACGUGGUCAAGGAUCGCUGGAAGGUGCUGAAAAAGAUCGGGGGCGGGGGCUUUGGUGAGAUCUACGAGGCCAUGGACCUGCUGACCAGGGAGAAUGUGGCCCUCAAGGUGGAGUCAGCCCAGCAGCCCAAGCAGGUCCUCAAGAUGGAGGUGGCUGUGCUCAAAAAGCUGCAAGGGAAAAGCCACGUGUGCAGGUUCAUUGGCUGUGGCCGGAAUGAGAAAUUUAAUUAUGUGGUGAUGCAGCUCCAGGGCCGGAAUCUGGCCGACCUGCGCCGCAGCCAGCCGCGAGGCACCUUCACGCUGAGCACCACGCUGCGGCUGGGCAAGCAGAUCCUGGAGUCCAUUGAGGCCAUCCACUCGGUGGGCUUCCUGCACCGUGACAUCAAGCCGUCAAACUUUGCCAUGGGCAGGCUGCCCUCCACCUACAGAAAGUGCUACAUGUUGGACUUCGGGCUGGCCCGGCAGUACACCAACACCACGGGGGAUGUUCGGCCUCCUCGGAAUGUGGCCGGGUUUCGAGGGACUGUUCGUUAUGCCUCAGUCAAUGCCCACAAGAACCGGGAGAUGGGCCGCCACGAUGACCUGUGGUCCCUUUUCUACAUGCUGGUAGAGUUUGCAGUGGGGCAGCUGCCCUGGAGAAAGAUCAAGGACAAGGAGCAGGUAGGGAUGAUCAAGGAGAAGUAUGAGCACCGGAUGCUGCUGAAGCACAUGCCCUCCGAGUUCCACCUCUUUCUGGACCACAUUGCCAGCCUCGACUACUUCACCAAGCCCGAUUACCAGUUGAUCAUGUCGGUGUUUGAGAACAGCAUGAAGGAACGGGGCAUCGCUGAGAAUGAGGCCUUUGACUGGGAAAAGGCGGGCACCGAUGCCCUCCUGUCCACAAGCACCUCCACUCCACCCCAGCAGAACACGCGGCAGACGGCAGCCAUGUUCGGGGUGGUCAACGUGACGCCAGUGCCCGGGGACCUGCUCCGGGAGAACACCGAGGACGUGCUGCAGGGCGAGCACCUGAGUGACCAGGAGAACGCACCCCCAAUCUUGCCUGGGCGGCCCCCUGAGGGGCUGGGUCCCAGCCCCCACCUUGCCCCCCACCCCGGGGGUCCUGAGGCUGAAGUCUGGGAGGAGACGGAUGUCAACCGGAACAAACUCCGGAUCAACAUCGGCAAAGUAACUGCAGCCAGAGAGAAGGACACCCCUUGUGUGGUGGAAGAGGAGCAGAGCCGAGGUGUGGGGGUCCCCAGCUCCCCGGUGCGUGCCCCUCCAGACUCACCGACAACCCCAGUCCGUUCUCUUCGCUACCGGAGGGUCAACAGCCCUGAGUCUGAGAGGCUUUCCACAGCGGAUGGGCGGGUGGAACUGCAUGAGAGGAGGUUGGCCUCCCUGGGACUGAAGACCACAUUUUCAUCCAUGGUAGCCCAGAGGGUUCAGGAAACAAGGAGAACUGAGGAACGGCAGUUUGGAAGGGAUAUCAGUGGAGAAGAGAGGUCACGAAUGGAUCUGCCCGGCUCACCCUCGCGCCAAGCCUGCUCUUCGCAGCCGGCCCAGAUGCUCUCAGUGGACACAGGCCACGCCGAUCGGCAGGCCAGCGGCCGCAUGGACGUGUCAGCCUCCGUGGAGCAGGAGGCCCUUAGCAACGCCUUCCGCUCAGUGCCGCUGGCCGAGGAGGAGGACUUUGACAGCAAGGAGUGGGUCAUCAUUGACAAGGAGACAGAGCUCAAGGACUUCCCCCCGGGGGCCGAGCCUAGCACAUCGGGCACCACGGACGAGGAGCCCGAGGAGCUGCGGCCACUGCCCGAGGAGGGCGAGGAGCGGCGGCGGCCAGGGGCAGAGCCCGCCGUCAGGCCCCGGGGACGAGGCAUGCAGACGCUGGCUGAGGAGGACCCUCGGCAGAUUCCAACCCAGCCCCUACCACCCCAGCUGAGCCAAGCUGAUGGCCGGUCAGAGACGUCGCAGCCCCCCACGCCCGGCAGCCCUUCCCACUCGCCCCUGCACUCGGGACCCCGGCCUCGACGGAGAGAGUCCGAUCCCACAGGCCCGCAGAGACAGUUGGAGGAGGACAGACUCUCGGGGCACUCCCUCCCGCGGUACAGCCCUCUGCGACGACUGGCGUCCUCCGUGUUCUCCUCCUCCACGCUGGAGACCGAGCAUUACCCUCACCCUGGCGGCGGCGGCUCCUCCGGUUCCCUCAUUCAGCGCAGCCGCUCGGCGGAGAGCAGCCCCGUGCGGGCGCCCCACCGGCGCCACGCGCCCCUCGCCGCCGGCAACCACAGACUCGUGCCCUCGGUGCUCCGCAUCUCGCGGUCCCAGCUGCAGCAGGUGUUCUCCGUGGCAUCCCCGUUUGAGGUCAAUGGUCUCCCACGAGCUGUGCCUCUGAGCCUGCCCUACCAGGACUUCAAGAAAGACCUCUCUGAUUACCGAGAACGGGCUCGGUUGCUCAACAGGGUCCGGAGGGUGGGAUUCUCCCACAUGCUGCUCACCACCUCCCAGGUCCCACUGGCUCCUGUUCAGCCUCAAGCUAAUGGGAAGGAGGAGGAGGAGGAGGAGGAGGAGGAGGAGGAAGAGGAGGAAGAGGAGGAGGAAGAGGAGGAGGAGGAAGAAGAGGAGGAGGAGGAGGAAGAAGAGGAGGAGGAGGAGGAAGAAGAGGAGGAGGAGGAGGAGGAGGAGGAGGAAGAGGAGGAGGAGGCAGUGGCUCUAGGGGAGGUGCUGGGGCCUCGCAGUGGCUCCAGCAGUGAUGGGAGUGAGAGGAGCACUGACCGGAGCCAAGAGGGUGCCCCUUCCACGCUGCUGGCUGAUGACCAGAAGGAGUCCAGGGGCCGGGCCUCCAUGGCCGACGGGGACCUGGAGCCUGAGGAGGGCUCCAAAACGCUGGUGCUCGUCUCCCCUGGCGACAUGAAGAAGUCGCCCGUCACUGCCGACCUGGCCCCUGACCCUGACCUGGGCACUCUGGCUGCCCUCACUCCUCAGCAAGAGCGGCCCCAGCCCACCGGCAGCCAGCUGGACGUGUCUGAGCCAGGCACCCUGUCCUCUGUCCUCAAGUCUGAGCCCAAGCCCCCUGGGCCGGGAACAGGGCCAGGGGCUGGGGCAGUGACCACAGGGGCAGGAGGAGUGGCAGUCACCUCCUCACCCUUCACCAAAGUUGAGAGGACCUUUGUGCACAUUGCAGAGAAAACCCACCUCAAUGUCAUGUCUUCCGGUGGACAAGCCUCCCGGUCUGAGGAGCUGGGUGCUGGGGGUGAGCUGGGCCUGGAGGCACCCUCUGACGGGAGGGUUGUGGAGGAGGGGGCCUCCGUGCCCCUGGAGAAUGGCAUCGCCCAGUCAGGGCUGGAGAGCUGUGUUCUGUCUGGACCCCCGAUGGAUAGCCCCUUGGAGGUGGCCACAGACUCACUGCCCAAUGGCCCAGCCCUUGUUAACGGGCCAGCUCCAGCAUCCCCGCUGGAGCCAGGCCCAGAGAAACUGGCCACUGUCUCCCCCAGCCGCCAUGCCAUGCCAGGCCCUCGCCCCAGGAGCCGGAUCCCUGUCCUGCUGUCUGAGGAGGACACAGGUUCGGAGCCCUCGGGCUCACUGUCGGCCAAAGAGCGGUGGGGCAAGAGGGCCCGACCACAGCAGGACCUGGCACGGCUGGUGAUGGAGAAGAGGCAGGGCCGCCUGCUGCUGCGGCUGGCCUCUGGGGCCUCGUCCUCCUCCAGUGAGGAGCAGCGCCGUGCCUCUGAGACGCUCUCAGGCACGGGCUCAGAGGAGGACACGCCUGCCUCGGAGCCUGCCGCCCCCAGGAAGGCAGGGCGGGCAGCUACCACCCGGAGCCGGAUUCCCCGCCCCAUCAGCAUCCGCAUGCCCACGCCUGCUGCAGCCCAGCAGUCCCCUGGCAGACCCCACAGCGCUGCCCCCGCAUCUGACACAGCCAUCACCAGCAGGCUCCAGCUGCAGAAGCCCCCAGGGUCGGCCGUUGCUGCUGACCUCCGCCCCAAACAGCCCCCCGGCCGUGGCCCGGGCCCAGGGCGAGCCCCAGCCGGCACCAGGCCCCCCGCCCCGCGAAGUCCAGGCCCCUCCACCUCCGCCGCGCCACGCCAGCCCAGCGCGUCCCCCCGGAGCCAGUCCCUGUCCCGCAAAGAGAGCUCCUCUCCCUCGCACCAGGCCCGGCCCGCAGGUCCCCCGCCCCGGGGCGCCCCGCAGGCCCGGGCCCAGCCUGAUGGUAUCCCCUCCCCGGGGGGCCCCAAGAAAGGACCCAGAGGGAAACUCCAGACUCAGCGCGCAGCAACCAAAGGCCGGGCGGGGGUCACGGAGGGCCGGGCCGGGGCCAGAUAAUGACGCGCGAGGCUCUCCGCGGCCCCCCACCCUCACCCCGGCCCCCCAUCCGCAGCCGGCCACACUGAAACAGCUCCCAGCACAGCCUUACGCGCCUGACGCGCGCCACCCGCGGCCCCAGCUUCCCGCCUGCACCCGCGAGGACGCGCGCCAGCAUUCGCCGCGCCCGCCCGCCGGCCCGGCCGGAGGGGGACGCCUCGCCGCGGGGUGGGGGAGGGGGGGGAGCGCCAGCCUCCCGGUACUCCGCCCCCUCCCCGUGACCCCUGCCAUCCCCCUGCCGCCCUUCGGGUGGGGCAGGCUCACCCUCCGCCCCGGGGAAGGCUCAGCCACUUUUUCACUGAGGACUCCACUAAUGGGGACGCCCCCUCACCCGCCAGGCCUCUGCUGCUCUUCGUGCUCCCACAGGGACCUCUGCUUACACCUCCUGCGGCGCCUUUUCCUCCUCCCGGCCUUCUUCCAGCCCAAGCCCACCCACCUCCACUUUGAGAAAGGCAGCCUCAAAUUCCGGAAGUGGAAGUUCCAGCCUCCCCACCAGGGACCAAUACCACAAUCUCCUGGAAGCUGUGGUGGUCCAAAAGGCCUCCUCUUCUCAGCUGCUAGGCUGGGGUUGGGGAGCUGGGAUCCAGGGGCCAUUGGUCUACUCAGGUGUGAGGGGGCAGAUCUGACCAGCCCCAAAGUCCGCUCCAUUCUGGACACCCCUGUGGAAGAUGGUGGGCAGGUGAUUGGGGGGGGGGGGGCUGCUCUUCUGCACCCCUAGGGUGCAAAGUUCUUCUCCCCAUAAAUUUGGGUGGGUCCUCAAUGGGAACCAGAGAGCGUGUGUGGGCUGCCUUCCUGGGCACAUGUUUCCCAAUGGGAAGUUGGAGGGGGGCUUUAAAAAAAGGUUUCACCCCCUCCCUUGGCCUCCUGAUCUAGUGCUCAGGACCCCUCACCAUCAGGAACUCCUUGCCAUCUAACCUCAAUCCUGCCUGCUGCAGUUUCAGCCAACUUCCCUCUCUCCUGAGUUCAGUGGAGGUGGAGAAUGGCUGUUUUUCAUCUUCUCUGCACUGGCCCUUUAGAGAUUCAUGGACUCAGUUCUGGCCGGGUCACCCUGUCUGUCCUCCUGGGGUGGAGAGUGGGCUGGAUCGGACCAUCAUCUGGCCUGACAGCUGGCCCCUGGACUCAAGACAGAAAGGCCCUUCUAAGUCCAGAUGGUAUGCUUGUGUGAUGGGUCCAGCCUAAGUCCCCUCCUCCCCCAGCUAACCCUUCAGCCUGUCUCCUCUUGUCUUAACCCCAACCCAUGCAGCUGAGCUGUCCCUGCAGAGGGUGAGGGCUGUGCUGCUCCAUGAAUGGAUAUGGGGCUUCCUCCUGGGUCUGGCUCCUGCAUAGCUCAUCCCACCUCAUCAUGAGCCUCAACUGCCUACAUCUUGGCCAAGCAGCACACGGGCUGCAGAAGGGACAGCCGACCCUGUCUAUCUGGGACAGGUCCCCUGCAGGCCUUCUCCAUCCUCAGCACCCUCAGCCUCUGUCCCCUGGCCUGGCCCCUCUGUUCUGUGAGUCACAGAGAACAAGGCUAGGCAACCAGGGGAAGAGGAAGAAAGGCCCCAGCAAGCCCCAGUGGUCUGGCAGCAUCCAGCCACCAUCGCUUAGAAGGAUGCCCAUGAGGAAGUUGGCCCUGGAAGCAGCCUGGUGGUGCCAGCUGAAGCCCCUCUUGGAGAGUCAGCAGGCUUGGGCAGCUGUUUCCACACCAAGGUGGUGGCUUCUCUGCAAACCAGCUCAGGGGAGGACUCCAGGGUGGACGGCCUUUGAGGUCCAUCCCAUGCUGACGCAGAAGCUCCCAGAACACUCAGGAAACCUCUCCGGACAGAGCCCUCUUUGUCAACCCAAGACCCUCCCAAGGCCUCUACUGCCCUCUGGGUCCAACAGAGGGGGUGGAAGAGGGGCCACUCCCUGCCACCUAGAGCUUCUCCGAAUGACAAUCAGCUCGUGCCAGGUGGGGACCAGGGCAUGACCCCCGGUGCCCAGGUCCUGGGCCUGCUCCUUGCCACCAACCGAACCGUGAAUGUAGGGCCCCCAGCUUCACCUCUGCCCCAGGAUCAACAACACCCUGGUUUGGUGUUGGGAAGAAAAGGGGGCGGCCUGAGAGAGCCCCAGGCCCAUCUGACCCCUAGCUUCACCCAGCACUGGAGCUGGGCAGAGACGCAAAACCCUGUCUGCUCUCGGGAUUCCAGACCUCCCUAGGGCUCCCAACUGACCUCAGGCCUCUGCGUCAUGGAAUGUCACCAAGGUGGGGGAGGAGGGGUAGGGGUGAGUGUGGGAGGGGACUAGGGAA